CUGAAACCUCUCUCCUGGAUGGGAGAUCAAAGUGCAGACAUGUGAUCGUUUGACUCUUUAGCAAGGGAGCCCCGUUUUCCAGUUGGGUGAGUUCCUGGCAGAGCCGUUUCUGACUCCUUUGGGGCAGGCGCCAGGGCUGUGCACAUGCAGCCAAGCCGGGUUCGUCUGGCAGGGUUUCCAUCCUGUGCCAGAUAAGCUUGCCAGUCGGAGAACUCCUCCCUGCUCUCCAGUCCAGGAAAUGCUCAGCGGGAAGGGCCUCCCGUUCCUGAAUGCCAGACGGCUCGGCCGUGGAGCGUUCCCCCUCGUUUUCCAGGUUCCUGGUUCCCGGAAAAUGUCUCAGGAGGGAGGAGGUAGCCGGGCGCCCGCCAGCUGGGGUCUCAUCCACCACCUAGACCACUUGGUGAUGACCGUGAGGAGCGCGGAGGACACAGUGGCCUUCUACACUCACGUCCUCGGCAUGGAAGUCGCCUCCUUCAAGGGGGACCGCAAGGCCCUGCAUUUUGGGAACUAGAAGUUUAACCUCCACGAGGUGGGAAAGGAGCUUGAGCCCACGGCCCAUAAGCCGGUCCCCGGUUCCUUGGACAUCUGCCUGGUCACGGAGAUGCCGCUGGAGCAGCUGAUGGAACACCUCAAGGCCUGCAGGGUAAAAAUUGAAGAAGGUCCGGUUUCCAGAACUGGUGCAGUCGGCCCAAUAACAUCCGUUUAUUUCCGAGACCCAGACCAGAACCUGCUGGAGGUCUCCAACUACAACAGACCAUUAGAGCCACAGUAAUCUCCCUCUCUGGGGUUGGCAAAAGCCACACUUUGGGUCAGAAAAGGCAGCUGUGGCUGCAGCCAGGCCCUGGUGGCUUCCUUCCUACCCAAAGAUCUGUCCCACCCCCCCCCACUCCCAGGAAAGAGGACCAGAAGGCAGGCAGGCAGGCCGACAUUCAAGGAGACUCAGACCCACCAGCAUGGACCGCCUUUCCAUUCUGAGGCAUCCAUGCCCCACCCAGGAGUGCCCAGGGCUGAGUAGCAAAACAACACCUCUUUCCUCAGUCAAAGGUCCCACAUCACUUUCUGGCUCAUCUAGAUGAAUAAACCUGCCCGUCCAGUUUAUAGGACUGCCGCCUUAAGUGGGGGGUCAGCACAAGUUUCAGGAGUCACCUAGGACUGCUUGGACUCAGAAUCCUGAGAUGCUGGCGAUUUGUUUUAGGUGGGAUGAUGGGCUGGAAGAACAACAGAGCCCAAGUCACCCAUUGAGUGGAAGGAACACAGACCUCCAAAGGCCAACUCGUGUCUUCAGGGGAUUUCGGCAAAGAAAUGGGGAGGGGGAACUUUAAAGAUGAAUGCAUUUUAUUCAGCGCCAUAAAUCUCCAGAUGCCACCGAAACCAUCUUUAAGCUCUCACUGGAUUCUUGGUCGUCGUUCCAUAAAAGGGAAGGCAGGUCUCGCUUUUGCCACUAGAUGGGAGCCUUGCUUUUCUCAAAAGGGCCUGUGUCGUCCUCCUCCAGGGGCCUGCUUGGUCCAUGCCGGGCACCCUCUCUCCAAGGCUGUGUGGAAAGACCUAUCCAGAAACUUGGGGCAGGAGAGGGCAGGGCAAGGGGGGGCCAGCUCUGUCAAUGGGCGGCAGGGCCUUCUCCACACAUACACGUGAGCGAGAGGCCCAGGUUCAUUUUAUGCCAUCUUUUCUCCAUCCUGCCCUAUCCCUUCUCCUUUCUACCUCUUCCUCUCUGAUGUCUUUGCAUCACUGCCCAACUAAACUGGAAACAUCUCAAAGGAGAGACUUCUCUCCCUGCUUAUGCUGC